GGAGGAGGCAGAGGCCCGCAUGGCCGAGCUGUGGGCGCACGCUGAGAUCACCAAGACGACGUCCUCGGCUGCACUGUAUGCCACACCGCCCGAGAGCCCUCGCCACAAGUACUCGCACUCGCGCUCUUCCUCGCGCGAUACCCGUUACACUGCCGACUCGAUGCCCGGCCUGGAGAGCAGCAGCUCUAGCUCCAGCGCCCGCAGCAUCAGCAGCUCGCCCUCGUACGACGGCUACACGGCCUCCCUCAACGGCAGCACGGGUGCCACCACCCCACCAUCAGAGACCGGCGUCCAGGACCCUUACUUCUAUAGCAACAUGGACUACGCCGACAGCUCGUACGACCCGCCCGUGGAGAUCAUCGUCGCACAGCAGCAGCAGCAGAAGCAGAACAACACCAAGGUGCCCUACUACCACGACCAGGAGCUGCCCGAGCUCCCUCGCGUGCCGCAGCUGGCCAAGCAGAAGUCGCUGCUCCCGUACGAGAUCAGCCCCGACGAGCUGCGCGAGCUGGAGACAGGCGUCACUGGUGCCAAGAGGAGCCGUGUCAGAGGCAUGUUUGGGCGUAUCUUCAGCUCUGGGUCUGGCGUCGCUGCGCGAUGAUCAAACCUUUUUUUUUUUUGUCAUUUUUGUUGUCUCUUGCCCUUUAUCAUCACGGAAAUAAAAAGCGCGGCGUUUUUACACAGGGGAAAGGACACAUCAUUAUUAUACACACACACACACAACUCUCAACAACACGCAUAGGAUCGAGCAAGGCGGUUGGAACACUCAACAGUGACGAGAUUCACCUGUUUUAUUUGACUUUUCCUCUCUAAAGGCUGGUUCAAGGUGCUAGGCGUUUUAAUCAUGAUUGCAUAUUUUGUCAGCUAUUCGUGUGUUGUCAUUCACACCGAUCGGCUAACUAAUUUCCUAAUAACUCUUGUUGUGUUUUUUUUCUUGGGGAAAGGCAUGAUGAGGGACAUGAGCGGAUGAGCGUCAACGAUACCAUCUCAUUUGCAUUCUGGGAGGCGGAUGGGGGAAGAGGAGAAGAAGAAGAAGGUAGCAUAACCCAAACCAAAUCAAUCCAAGAAUCCGCCGGACCAAGAGAUUCGGUGGAGUCUGUGUGACAAACU